CUCUUUUUUCGUUGCCUGAUUGUUGCCCCCCAAAAUCCAAGGAAAGCUGUGCUCAAAGACGAGAGGGGGAGAAAAUCUUAGGAUAGAUCCAUUCAAUAAUUUUUAGCUUAGCAAUACAAUAGCAAAAUUCCUCUCACUGCCAGUGGGCCCAAAGCUUUACCCCUACGAAUCACGCCGCUCAACUCGCUAACCCAGAACAUUCCGUUUCGAAAUUUACGAGUUACAGCUAAAAAGCCAGUCAUCCGUCGUCGUCGCAGGCGCAGGUGGGAGCAGCAAGCAGCGCGCGGCCGGCGACCCCAACACGCCGGCCUCGACAGCCGCCCGCGGGGCCGCGGCUGCGCCUGGCGGCGGCGACCUCGCUCCGAUGGUGGGGAUGUGCCAUCACCAGCUCCGAGACGACCCCUUCGGCGCCCUAGGCGGCCACUGCAGUGGCGAGCCACGGCUCGCGACCGCUGGUGCUUCCUCAUCCUCCUCCUCCGCUCCUUCGUCUGUUUCCGCCUCUCCGCUCGCGCAGGCGCAUGGCGGCGGCGGCGAGCCGCGGCAGCUGUUCGAGGCGCUCGUCGGGGGAAGCCUGGUGCGCGGCGCGGGAGGCGGCGGCGCGGGUUGGGAUCUGGGGGAGCUGGUGCGUUGGAUGCGGGACCUAGCCAUGGAUCCCGUGGCGGCGCGGCCGGCGCCUGCUGAGGACAGGGCAAGGAAGCGGCAGGUGCGGGCUUUGCGGCGCGCGCGCUACCUCAGGAUGGAGGACGUGGCGGACACAGAGGAGCUCCCCAGCUUCGCCAAGAAAAGGAAGCACAAAGCUCACAAUAACCACUGGGACAAACAAAAAAAGAAAGGGUGCAUGAAUAUGCCAACAAGGAAAUCGGAGAGGCUAGCUAAGAGAAUGAAACUCAUGGCAUCAUUGCUCCUUACACAACGGAAAAAGAUUGGAGUAGGUGAGCACUUUCAGGCUGAGGUACCUGACUGGACUGGGCAACCUUCAGGGGAAGAGCUUUCAUGUUACAGGAGUGACUCAGAGACAUCAAAGAUGCUAGGAACUAGGAUUUGGCCUCCUGAAGGUGAAGUUUACAAAACCGAUAUUGUACUUGCUGGCCAGGGAAGGCCAGAAUCAUGCAGCUGCCCCUAUCCAGGAUCCUUCUUCUGCAGACAGCACCACAUAAAUGAGGCAAGAGAUCAGCUGCGGUCUGAACUUGGUCAAGCAUUCACAGAAUGGCAGUUUGAUUCGAUGGGAGAGGAGGUUUGUAAGUUGUGGAGUUGUGAUGAGCAACUAAAGUUUAAUGCACUUGAGCGAUUGGCUCCUGUUAUGGACCAUAAGACAUUUUGGGCAGUUGCGUCGAAACAUUUUGUCUCAAAGCCCAGGAUAGAUUUGAUAAAGUACUACCUGAAUGUGUUCCUGAUGAGAAGAGUGUUAAGCCAGUGCAGAUUGAGUCUUCUGGAAAUUGACAGUGAUGAAGAUGAAGUGGAAGAAGAGGAGAAUGAAGAUCAACCUGAAGGCUCCAGCUCUCUUCAUAGGACUCAAGAUGUCCAGGAUGUGAAGAAGGUUUCAUGAUUCUGCUGACAGCCAUCUGACAUGAUUUUCUGCAUAUUUUUCAUUACAUGGCUUCAUUCACUUAGGUUGAGCCAUCCAUUUUGAGCACUGAACAGAAACUUAAUGGAGUGUCAAAUCAUUAGCAAUGCCUCUCAAGCCAAGCAAAUCAGUUGUAACCCUCAACCUCAACUGAGGCAAAUUAUUCCCUGUUGUACAGGCAAAAAAACAAAGGAAACCUGAGAAAAAAAAAGGACGGGGGGGGGGGGGGGGUGUUGAAUGGAAAGUGAAGGAACUGUUUUGCUUCCCUUUUUCUUGAGGCUUGAUGUAAGGCUUUUGACCAAGCCAGUGUCUCAGCUGGUGCUUUCAGCAAGCAUUUGGCAACUGUGUUUACCAUCCGGAGAUGUUUUUCUCCCCUUUUUAGAAUUGUUCUAGAGUUUAAUAGUUCUUUUGGCAUAACAAAAGCAUACAUUUUGACUAUGAUUUGAGUUAGUUCAGUUCAGAUGAUACAUGGAAUGUUUCAGAUGUUCAUAUA